AUGUGUGGAAAUGAAGAGCAGAGCACCAAAGAAGGCGUGAAGAAUUUAUUCAGAACAGCCAAUGCUUCAAUGGCAAUUGAAGAUAGUCCAGACCAACCACCUACAACUGAGGAACCCGAUCAAGGUAUGGAUUCUAGAGAUUUUGUGAAUCAAGAAACAAAGAGACCUUUAGAAGAUGAAAAGAACUCCGAAAAAGACAAACCAGCGCUGAAAAUAGACGAAGAAGGAGUAUUUUCCACAAAAUCGACCGGAGAAAACAUGCUUCAUAACAAAAAAGAUGGUAUUUAUAUCCACUGUCAUCCAAAUGGAAUCACUGGCGGUAUCCCUGAAAACCAUCAACUAAAGGAUAUGGUAUGUGAUUCUCAAGACAGCGUGAACCGAUUCAAAGGACAGGAGAGCCAGAAAGCUCUUUCGAAGGAGGACAAUUGUUUUAGUACGCUAGAGGAAUCAAGGCUGGAGAAAAUCGAAAUGACCAAUGGAUCUGAUAAAAUCAUCAAUAGUUUACCCACGCCAACCAUAACACAAUCUGCCGAUAAACUAAGCCCUAGCAUCGAAGAAGCUGCAGGUAAAUUGAGCCUUUGCAGCAACUAUGCAGAUACUGCUAUUGUUACCUUUUCGUCCGCACCAGUGGGUUCGAACUCAACAAUGCCACAAAAUGACGAUUUGCCGCCAAUCCAACAACAUGGUGAAACAACAGAGACGAGUAACGCAGAUGAAAUCGCAGCUGUAAGAUCAGAGGAGAUGGCCCAAAAAUGUAAACGGAGGAAAUUCGGAGCUAAAGUAGAGGAUGAUUUCUUCUACCAACAAGGCUCUGUUUUAGAUGGUCAUGAAGACAGAGAGGUAGAAUUUAAGUCUCUAGCAGGUGCCAGCCCUUGGUCGCUCAGAUGGAAAGUAAUGGAGAAGGCAAAAAAGUUCAUUUGUGGCUGCUUAAAUGCUGAUAGGAAAGGUAUAAUAUAUUUCGGAGUGGGAGACUCUCAAGAACAAGGCUCGAAGUUCCAACAUGGAGAAAUUAUUGGACUUAACGUUGAGAAAAUGAAAGACGAUAUCAUAACAGCCUUCCAAGAUGUUCUUGACCACCACAUAAAAAGCGAAGAUAGGCCGCUUCAGAAAGGCGGGGAACAAAAUUGUAUCAAUAUCUACUUCAUCCCUGUUAAGAGCACGGAGAAUUUAAUUGAUCUUUAUGUCAUAGAAAUCGAGGUGGCUCGAAACUUUCUUUAUUGUAAAGAAAAUGUAUACUACUACAAAGUUUGGAGCGAAAAGAGAGAGAGCAGGGACUGCACUGGCAAAACGGGCUUGCGAGAUGUUUUCAAAGUAAAAGACGAGUGUGUGGAAGCUGCAAUUCGUACCAACGGCGCAUCUUGCUGUGUUAAGCCAAAUGAAGUGAAAUGGCAAAUACGAGACCCCUUGACUAAAAAGUACAAGGAAUGGAAACGGGAUAUCAAAUGUGGAGUCAGUGGUUUAACUUCUGAUGGUCUGAACACUAAUGAUGGUGACCUCCAGAAGUUCAGCACGAUAGUCAGAGAGCGUUUACGUGACCUUAAUUUUCAAGAGUAUCACUACAUUCUUGUUGCCAACAAGCUGCCUCCAGAGCACAGAAGGACUUCAAAGUUAUCCUUUUUGCAAAACAUUCCUUGGGUGGCCGUAUUCGAUCUGUUCGAUGCUACCUCAAAAGAAGAUGGCUUAUACUUCUCUUGCAACGAGGUGGGAGACGGCGCGCGUGCAAACGUCAAGACCCUCCACGACUUUAAGGAUGUGUCCCCAAGUUCCAUUGGUGACAAGGAUUGUCCCCUUUCGUUGAGAUGGACCACGUGGAUUUUAAAACAGCCAGAUAGAAUGGAAGAGGAAGACUGGAUCACAUGUUCAAAAGACUGCUUGUAUCGAGCCCUAACUGCCUAUAAGCAGAGUUUUCCCUCUGGACGACUGAUAUUUGUUUUUCUUGGAUUUGCAGAAAAUGCCGUUCUCGAAAUGUCGGAUAUCGCAGAAAGCUGCUUCAGCAUACUUGGUGAGGAGAUUGCUAGCAAAUCUGUCACCAUUAUAAGCGAAAACAAACUGGUUGCCGAUGCUUUUAUCAAGGCUUCAAGGUCGCCUCUGGUGAGAAAACAACUUAGAGAAUGUUCCAUCACCGGGAUAUCGUGGGAUCUACUAAAAGAAAUUGUUAAAGAGAUGGUCGGGCCUCUUGAGUUUCAAGAAAAAGGUGCUACCACAAAGCUUCCCCAUAUCACUGGCCUUAAAGAUAUUCUCAACAAAGUUAUCAACUCCUGGGUUGAUCUUGAAGUCUACUAUCCCGAGCCUCAGGAUCGAUUGCCUCGUUUGUCUGAGGACAUCGAAAAAGUGAGAGAUGCCUUUUACAAAGGUGGCCAGUGUAACCAAGUAAAUCUGUUUUAUGACCACAGCAUCGAGAGGACCUUAGAGGAGGAAAUAACUCGAAAGAUUGACCAAGCCCUAAAUUCCCUUAGAGAAGCAAGAGGUGAUCGUAAUUGCUACGUUCAGACUGUGACUGUCCCCUACGAACCGGGAUCUGGUGCAACGACUCUGUGUCGGAGAAUUUUGUGGAAAAAGCGGAAGGUUUUCCGUUGUGCAGUUGUCAAGGCUAUCACAGCAAGUACCGAGUUUCAAAUCAGAGAACUUCAAAGUAAAGGUUACGAAAAGAUGAAAUGUAAUUAUUCACCUCCGGCUCUGGUACUUAUCGACAAUUUUCCUCAGAUCGACACUCAACGUUUGUCGAAGGUUCUAACAUCAAUGGAGACAAAAUGUGUCAUACUCUCCACCGUUCCCAUUGAAGAGUCAGUCCCUGAUUCAGAUUUUGAAAUUACGCCCCUGAAACAACUGGAUGGGACAGAAAUGCAGCUUGUGAAGAACAUCUUGAUUAAUAUCACAAAAGAUAGCGAGAAGAGGAAGAAUUGCGAAGAAGUCCUUGAGCGCGAAAAGCGAUUUAUUUGGUUUGGGUUGGAGCUUUUUGGAAGAGAUUACGACAAGAUAGAGGAACGGCUCAAGAAUCACGUCAAUAGUACUUUGGCUAUCCUGGGAAGUUCCCGUUCAGUACACGAAAAGGUCCUCAACUUCUGCUGCUUUCUUCACUACUACAGUACUAGUCGCUAUAUCUUGCCCCAUCCCCUUGUGGUUGAUUUGCUUAUCAAAGAGAGCAAUGAUGGCGAGAAAGAGCAUCAAAGAAAAGAUCUCAUUCAUGACCUUUUUGGAGGACUUCUCCUUCAAGGAUUCGACGAUACCCAUGGGUAUAACGGUUGGCAACCUGCACAUUACCUAGUAAGUGAAGUUGUCAAGUCAAGAAUGAAUGUUGAAGUUAUUGCUCUUCUACUUUUGGAAAACGCAGAGGGAGGAAUGGCCUAUGUGAACAAAUUUUUGAGACAGCAGCUAUUUCAGAUUUUCUUAAGUCGGAAGAGAAUUUCCGAACCAGUUUGCCUUUCGCAAAUAGGAGGAACAGAUGACGACAUUAUUGGUUCAGAUAUUGAAACUGAUCUCUUCGGGUUUUAUGAAGUUCGCACGAGGUACUCCCCCUUGAUAUUAGACAUACAGGGACAAGAUGAUGGCAAUCGAAAAACUUUAGAAUUUCUUAUUACGACCUGCCAGAAGGCCAACCAAACUGAGUAUAAAGCAUACGCCUGGCAACAGCUGGCAAGAUUCAUGGGCUAUGAGAUGCGGUCUGAAGAACUUAAAAGAACCGAUAACCUGCAUGAGCUCCUUUACAGUGUCAUGGAAGAAAGUAAAGUGGGAGACGUCAGAUUAUCUAGACCCAACACUGGCAUUGAAGCAGCGCACAUUGCUGUUGAUAUUUCUAUCAACCAGCAACCAAGCUACAGUCAUCAUUAUGUGACAAAAGGCGUUCUCUACGUCUUACAACUGAGAGAUUACAACGAUCAAGAUGGUAAAAAUCUCGUGUCUCACCUUCCCGAUGUCAUCUACACAUGUCGUAAGGCGCUGGAAGUGUAUGAUCAAGCAAUCAAAAUGAUGAUGUCCCUCAACUACUACUCAAUGAUCGGGAAAAUUCAAGUGAUCGUAUUGCUGUUAAAAAUUGUGAAGGGCUUACCAUGCUUUCUUCUCGACAGCGGCCUUUUUUCAAGUUAUUUAGAGAGUGGAGAGAUUCCUAAAGAGAUGGAAGAAGUACUUUUACCAGGUGACCACAACUACGUUCAGAGUCUUAGUCGAACAACUCUGGACCUACUGAACAAACUCUUUGGAGAUGUCAAAUACCGACAGUUAACUACGUAUGAUGAUAAUGAAAUGAGUGUUAUAAGCAGUGCAAGAAUAAGAGCUUGCAAGUUGCGGCGACAAUUCUACGAGAUUACUGGAUUUGACAGAAGCAGGCUAGUGGAUGUUGAAUCGCCUUUGUCGCCAGACCUGAAAGACGCACCUGACCUCAUUCCUCAGAUAGUGCAAGAUACUCUUUUUAAGCGACGCGAGACAUCGUAUAGUGGAUGGUCUAACCUUGAUGAUGAAGUAGUUUCGUCGAUUUAUCAUCUUCUUAAGCCAGUAUGCUUGAAGGAUCAUGGGAGUCACGAUGACAUAGUGAUUUUUUCGAGGGCCUGCCUUCGACUGCGAAAUGAGGAAAAACCCCCGGUGAAAGAGCUCGGUGAUGUUGUCCAAAACUGGGUACAAAGGUUUCCAGGCUCACAUUGGGCACACCUGUUCAAUUUCAUGAUCCAUUUUCCCAUACCGAAUGGCAGUUUGGCACCGUAUGAUCUUAAAACAUUAGCAUCUGUUAAAGAAUGUCGUCGGAUUGCUCAAGAGAAACCCAAUUGGAAAGUUCGGUAUUCGGGGGCUGAAUACUUCCUUGGAAAGGGAAAGGGCCUUUCCGCCAUUGUAAGUAGUCAAAGGUUCCCCACUCUGGAGAAUAAGUGGAAGACCAAGACUCAGUUCUGGAGAAGCAAAGAAGUCUCCGACGUACUCUUGCGUGUAAGAGGUCAAAAAGAAGCUAAGGGUAUCAUUAUUUAUCAUGGAAUAAAGCUUCGCUUUGACGAUAUGCUCUACCCGAAGCCAAGCAGGGACAACUUAUGGUUUUAUAUUGGAUUUUCCGUGACUGGUCCCUAUGCAUUCGAUCCAAUAGACGAAGACACUUAUUCUGCUAUGAAUGGAAACUUGGAGGAGAAGAAGCAGAUGAAUGAGCUGUCGACAGGAGGAUCAAACGCCAAUUGUAAUAGUGUUUCUUUGACCGUUAAUCAAGAUGGCGACAAAACGACUGACUUAAAGAGCGGUGCGCGGAGAAAUUCAGUCUUGAUGAAGGAAGAACCUCGUGUUGUACUUACCAGCAUGCCCUCUAAGGCAAAAUCAGAAAUUUCUCCUGCGACGCUUCCGGGAGUUGCAGCUACAGAAUUUCAGAUUGUGUCCGCCGAAACAGCCUCACCUUCGUAUGCAACCGCCGUUAAAUACGGGGUAGAUAAAGGAGGACAGGAAUCAGCAAGAUGUCAAACCAAUCCAUCCGUGGCUAAGCCGUCUAUGUCCCAAACAGUCAGCAGUGCGCGGAGAAAUUCAGUCUUGAUGAAGGAAGAACCUCGUGUUGUACUUACCAGCAUGCCCUCUAAGGCAAAAUCAGAAGCUUCUCCUGCGACGCUUCCGGGAGUUGCAGCUACAGAAUUUCAGAUUGUGUCCGCCGAAACAGCCUCACCUUCGUAUGCAACCGCCGUUAAAUACGGGGUAGAUAAAGGAGGACAGGAAUCAGCAAGAUGUCAAACCAAUCCAUCCGUGGCUGAGCCGUCUAUGUCCCAAACAGUCAGCAAACUUAAAACUGUCACGGGGAAACAGGGUCAAAAGAAGCGCAAAUUUCGGCCAAAGGGGAUUGAUCACAAAGGAAGGCUUCAUCAUGGGGCGUGGGUUCUUGGAGCGUUUAAAUCUAAGGAGUGCAACACUCAUACAAAUCCUAGUUCCCAGCUUCACGAUAUCGAUCGUUGCACGUUUGCUCAUUCGUGGAAGGGGGAUACUCGCCAGUUCAUAUGUACCGAGUGCACGCAGGAUGAGAGGAAAGUUUGCCGACAAAAAAAGGAACAUAAGCAAUUUAUAUGGGACUUAGGUCCCUAUCUUUACGAGGAUGAUGUCUGCAGACAAGUACAUUUCUUACAAGGCAUUGCUGAUAAAGCCCUUAUUGGUCACAUUAUCAAAACGUUACCAGUGGAGACAGAUGACCAUUGUGAGAUUGCUUGUUAUCGCGACCUCAUGUGUCUCUCCUAUAACAUAGGACCCAAACAGGCUCAUGGACAUCAAUGUGAGCUCAGCAAAUCGGAUCACAUCCAAGACCCUGCUGACUUAGUUCCUAUGGCAGGGUACAUAUACAGGCCAACUGAGGUACACAAUGUCAUGGGCCAUUUCUGA